CAGAGCCGUGCGGGACGACAGAUAUCGCGGGAAAAUGCGGAAAUACAGGAAUACUCGAGAGUCCUCGCGCGACAGUUCGUUUUGUAGCGAUAGCUCGUCCAUCGAAGGAACCGAGUACACAAAAUCCGUGGCAACGUCCGUGGAGAACUUGUCGAGCGUGAUGGACGCCGCAAAUAGCUCGGAGACCAGCAGUACUGAGGACAGCAGCGCGUCGAAUAUCUCGGUGAGGCCGAUUGCGCUCGCCAAGGCGAUCAAUAACACUAGAGCGUUACUCAAGAAGAAAUCUCUCGUCCAGGUCAUCAACAACUACAUCAAGGCUGGGAUCGAGGAAGGAAAACGGCAAGCUAAGAAAUACCUUCGCAAGGCGCUUUCUUUCGGCGUGAAAUCCGGCUACUUGAUUCCGACCGAUAGCGAAGGACAAGUAAUACGAGUAGCGCCAACAUUGAUGGACACGAAGAGGAGCAACGCGGAGUCGCGCAAGAGGCGAAGAAGGGCCCGAAGGGGGGAGGAUGACCCGUUGAUCGGCAGCAAGGAUCGUUGUCCUACCCCUCCUUGGAAGAUAAAGAAACGCGAGGAUACGCCGAAAUCGCAAGAGAAUCCUUUACAGAAAAGGGGGAAAUCCUCGAGCUUGAAGAAGAGUCCGAUUCGAAGGAAGAAAAUCGAGAAACGUUCUUCGCGACGAAGCAGAAGGAAGAUGACCAGGAGGAAAAUUAAUCUAUUAAUUGACAAUUUUUGUAACGGUAAAAGCGAGGAGAAUUUAAAAAGUCGAAAGAGAAAGCGAAGCUUGAGCAGACACGACGUGGAAAAUAGACGAAGUCAAAGGAAUCGGCGAUCGAAGUCAAUUUGUACAAAGGAGAAAAACGGGAAUUCCAGGAAAAAUAGUAGAAGUUUCAGCGACAAUGAAGAUAUCUCGAUCAUCAACAGUCACGAAGUCAACGAAAGAAUGUCGAUAGGACGAUUAAAAUCGAUCAGCAAAGAGAAUGCUUCGCGAAAUAGCAACGUUCCAUCCGAAAAUCCUGUGGAGGAGAUCGAGGAAAAGAUAGAAUCUUUGAACGAGGAAAGAAACGAAAACGAUAUGAUAUAGUAUCUGAAUUAAAUUCUAUAACUGAAUAGAGUUAUUCACGAGGAAUGAAAGA